AUGUCAAAGAAUGAACAGAUAAAACACAAAGGGAAGGUAAGAUGGACAACUGAGGAAUACAAAGAGAUAGUGUGGUGUCACUUUCACAUCUUGGGGAAAACCGGAACAGCAAAUUUGAAGCAAUCAUCCGAACUAUGGCAAACGAGAAACCCACAACCAAAGCAUAAUCUUACAGCCAACACAAUGGCCACCCAGAGGAGAUACAUUCUAAACAACAACAAACUAACCGAAGCAGAAAUAGACGAAAUCAAGACAGAAGUCACAGAAAUCAUCAAGCAAGCAACCAGAAUGACAAAUGAAGAAGACCGGAAUAAAAGAAGAAUGGAGACUCAAACAAUAAGCCAACCAAGGAAUUAA